CCGCCCUUCCUCCGCGCCAACUUGCACCGCAGGGUCGAGCAGACGUCGACUCAUAACAGCCCCGAGUUGUCUUCCGUAUUUAGUUGAAUACUCUCCAACACAAUUAUGGAGAGUCCGCAUCAUAUUAAAAAUGAUCCACCUCUCUUGCUGCCGUCUCUUCGUCUGUUCGUACCUCCCCUGCGCCUGGUGUCUGCAGCCAUGUGGCACGUGGUGCAGAAGGGGACGGUGCAGGACUACGGGAUGGUGGAGGAAUUCAUCAGCACCGUCACGGAAAUCGUGCCUGAUCUCCUGAACGCGGACCAAAAAGCCCAGCUGCUCCUGGGACUGAGAGCACGGGUUGUUCUAGAAUUGUGUCGCUCUGAGCAGAGCGCAGACAGAGAAUCCAUCGAGAUGCACUUGGACCGGAUCAAAUCCCUCGUGUCCACGUGGGCAGCUCAGCCAUGUUUUGCAGAUGUGGAGUUUCCAGAGUCCAACUUUGUGGAUCAGAUAGAAUUGUUGUUAAAGGAACCUGAAGAGAAGGAGAAGUUCUUCCAGGAUGUCUUCCCUACCGACUUUGGGCCUGAAUAUGACAACGCUCUUCAAGUGCUAAUGCUGGAUUUUCUUUCCAAGCUGGAGAAGCUUCUCCCAGUGCCAGACAUCCAGCAGACUGCAUCAAUGCUCAGCGCCGUCCCAUCAGCCCUGGAGGAGUGUGCGCACUCUGUUCCCGACCCACAGCACCUGAAAACUGUGCUGCAGUACCACACAUCACUCGGACAUUUUGAUUUUUCUGAUGAAACUCAGACCAUUCCAUCGUCCUUCGGGAACUGCAUCCUCUCCUCGUUGUCCCUUCCACAGCUGGAGAAGGUCUUGAUCCAUCAAGAGCAGAUACGGCUGCAGCCGACACCUGAGCAGAUGGAAGGCUGUGUGACCGUGCAGGUGGAAGGGGAAACGGUGACACUGCUGGACUACAUCCAGAUAGAGCAGCCACCUGGCCUGACUGAGCCCGACGAACACGAAGACAAUAACCUAGACGAGGAGCAAAACGAAGCAGAAGCAGCAGGGGAGGGUUUGGGCGACGCCUUAAAGCCGGCAGCUUUUCAGCCUCUGAAGCAAAGCAAACGACUCCAGCUGAAGAGGAAAGCUUUAAAAGAAUCGCGGGACUCUGCUGCUGCAAAGAGGCAGCGCAAGAAAUAUCCCAACAAUAAAACCUGCCCCGUGUGCAAUAAGACAUUCCUGCGAGCUGCAGCCAUGAGGCGGCACCAGGAAAUCCACGAUUCCAACCGAGACCUCAAGUACAAGUGCGACAACUGCGACAAAAGAUUCAGGGACCAUUACGACAUGAACCGGCAUGCCAUGCGUGUCCACGAAAAGGGCGAGGGGAGCCUCAAGGACGAGGACCCAGGAGGUCCCGAUGUGUCCGAGAUUUUUGAAAAUAAAAACUGCUACCUCUGUGGAAAGUAUUUUGCCCGGCAGGUUGACAUGGAUCGACACAUGAAGUCCCACUCGGAGGACCGCCCGUACAAGUGCUCCUUCUGUGAGAAGAAAUUCAAAAACCCUUACGUCUUAAGGCGGCACGAGAAGGAGAUCUGCAAGAGCCGGGAGCAUAAAAAUCCUAAAAGGAGAGAAGUGCCUCGCUUAAAUCUGCAGCCACCUCCGGAGGUGUCGGUGGAGGGUAAGAUCUGUCCCAUCUGCAGCCGGGUGCUUCCGUGCACCGCUGACAUCGCAAAGCAUUUGCGAUCUCACUCUGAAGAGCGUCCCUUCAUUUGCGUCACGUGUGAGAAAGGCUUUAAGUACAAGGACACGUUGAAGAAGCAUCAGAUCAUCCACGGCCAUGAGGGCAUCAGGGAGGAACAGACCAAGACGCUAGAGCAGAUUCUGGCCGAAGCUGACCCUCAGAACUGUGACAGCGAGGUGGUGGACACAAAGGAAAGUCAGCUAGAAUCGCCUCCUGGCACUUCUGAGGAAAGCCCCCCCGCACCUGCCCAAAGCAUCUCAAAGAAAGCCCUCAAAGUGUGUCCCGUUUGCUCCAAAGCGUUUGAUUGCAUCAAAACGCUGAACAGACACAUCCAGUGCCACACAGACGAUCGGCCAUACCACUGCAUCCACUGCAACAAGCAUUUCAAGCACAUGCACGGCCUGAAGAGACACCAGAUUUACGCCAUUUGUCACAAGAAGAGCACCCGCUUCUUUUGGAGAAAAGAGUCCCGGGCGGGGCCGAGCCAAAGCGAAGCCGGCAGCAACGAGUACCAGCAGGGGGCGUCGCCCAGGAUCCCGGUGUGGUGCUCCAACUGCGGCAAACACUUCGAGUACCCAGCCGCCCUCAAAGAGCACCAGGAGAACGUAUGUAAGGUGGAUUUAAGGGACGGGAUGAAGUGCGACGACUGCGGCAAGGAAUUCAAAAGCAUGACGAUGCUCAAAGUGCACCAGAGGAUCCACGACCCGCUCUACUGCAAAGAGUGCGGGAAGAUCCUGGCGAACGAGGCCGCUUUCGAGCGGCACAAGCUGAUGCACCGGCCCAUGCAGUGCACCAUGUGCGACAAGUCCUUCACCUUGUUGAGGCGCCUGAGGGAGCACUACGAGAAGCAGCACAGCUUCACCGGGCCCUUUCCCUGCUCGCAGUGCGACAAAACCUUCGUUCAGCUGUCCUACCUCGCCAUCCACCAGCGGAUCCACAAGGGGGAGUUUCCGUACAUGUGCAACAUGUGCCCGGAGAAGUUCAGGUCCUCCAACUGCCUGACGGUGCACCUGCGCAAACACACGGGGGAGAAGCCCUUCCUCUGCUGGCAGUGCGGCAAGUGCUACCGCUCGGCCUCGGAGCUCACCGUCCACAUGGGGACGCACUCGGAGGAGCGCCCCUGGGCCUGCACCCACUGCGACAUGGCCUACCGCACCAAGCUGCAGCUCACCAACCACGUGGAGCAAAUCCACAUCGGGGUCCGGUACCCCUGCAACACCUGCGGGAAGCAGUUCAUGAAGGAGACCUCGCUGAAGAGGCACGAGCUCAUCCACACGGGCGAGAGGCCGCAUCAGUGCACGGUGUGCGGCAAGACCUUCCUAACCGCCAACGAGCUCCGGCUGCACAACCGCUACCACACCGGCGAGCGGCCGUACAAAUGCGAAGUGUGCAGCAAAGCCUUCAUCCAGUCGGGCUACCUGAAGUCGCACAUGCGCAUCCACACGGGAGAGAAGCCCUUCAAAUGCGACAUCUGCGACAAAGGCUUCAGGCUGUCGUACCACAUGAAAAAGCACCGGCGGACUCAUGCCGGCAAGCCAAAGAGCUACACGUGCGAGGAGUGCGGUGUGGUGUUCCUGCAGAAGAAAGCUCUGUGGGAGCACUCGCUAACGCACAACGUCAAAAUCGAAUCGACUUUCACAAACGCCGUCGAGAUCGAGUUUCAGUAGAACGCCUUCAGCAUAGCCUGGACACACCUGCUCCAGAGGAGUUUAUGUUCCGAUUUUUGAUUAAAUGGUCCCUGAAAUACCCCGGACUUUCAUCCAUUGUUUUCCUAAAAACAGUAAUCAAAUGUCUGACACCAAAGAGGCUCUGCAGCCACAGUGAAUCAAACAGCAUCUGUUCACAAUGGGAACCACUAUAUAUUAUUUUUCAUUUAAUCUGGAAUGGACGAGCUGAGAUUGGUCCUUCAGUAGGGUUUGAUUGGAUUUAACUGAAGGCCAUUUAUAUGUUCAAUAAAAUUCAAAAAGAAGAAAGAUUAAAAUUUGUGUUUGGUGUUGCAUGAUGGACAUUUAUCACAUUAUGGGGCUUUGUGUGCAACUCCACACAUACAGAAGACACAUUAACUUAUUCAUUUUGAAAACAUUUCUGAUGGUAGCCCUUGCUUGUCCCAUUAUUAUCAAAACUGGGGGAAAAAAGCCUCAUUCAAAAAAUGUAAAAAGGUUGUACUGCAUUCUUACUUCCUUUUAUCCCAGAUUGGAGGUCAGGUUGUGUUGUCUGGCUCACUUUACAUCUCUUAAAUUUCACCCAAAAAACAAUAUUCUUUAGUUUAUGAAUUGAUUUCUUUUACUUUUAUGUUUUAUUUAAAAAGGAUUUAUCCAUUAUUCAUGUGGAUGAGUGAAGCUAGUGAAUCGCUUUGACUCAUGUUAUUUUUGUUUGUUUUUUUAAAUAAAUUGCAUCAAG